AUGUCUCUCACCUAUUUGCUAGUACUGCUCCUUGGAGCUUUGCUUCUCCCCUCUCCAUCUCUCGCUAACUAUGGCUAUAAGCCACCCGUUUACACGCCCCCCGUAGAGAAGCCACCAGUCUACAAGCCCCCCGUUGAGAAGCCACCAGUCUACAAGCCCCCCGUGGAGAAGCCACCAGUCUACAAGCCUCCCGUGGAGAAGCCACCAGUCUACAAGCCUCCCGUGGAGACGCCACCAGUCUACAAGCCUCCCGUGGAGACGCCACCUGUCUACAAGCCUCCCGUUGAGAAGCCGCCAGUCUACAAGCCCCCUGUUGAGAAGCCACCAACUUACAAGCCCCCUGUUGAGAAGCCACCAACUUACAAGCCCCCAUCUCCUUAUCAACACAACUGA